UAGCAGAGACACCUCUUGCAUUGAGCUGCAGCCCGGGCUGAAAUGCUGUUUGGGGAUCAAAGCUUGUGCCCAUCCUCCCCCCGCACCCCUGGGAGUCUACACUAGGCACUACAACGAUACAAACUGCUUUCACUUACUAGGAAAAUGAAGAUCAAAGGUGGGUGGACAUGCAGCCAAACCGGGGCACAACCUUCUAGAGUUGUAAAAAGGAAAAGGAGGGAGAGGAUGCUGCAGCAGGGAGCCUUCAUCUGCACCCUUCUUUUUGUGGUCUGGUGCCUAACUGGACUCCUGCAGGGGACAGGACAUAACUUGUCACUGGGAGAACGAGAUGCUUUUUUGGAUUUAUGGAGGCCUAGAAAACUUAUGAGUUUAGAAAACAUAACAAAAGGAAAAAACUGCACAGAGCCAGCAAUUAAUGAGUUUCCAGAUGAUUUAUUCAACAUUAAAGAACGUCAACAGGGAGCAAUUCUGCUUCAUAUUUUCUGUGCGCUGUAUAUGUUCUAUGCCUUGGCAAUUGUUUGCGAUGAUUUUUUUGUUCCAUCUUUAGAGAAAAUCUGCGAGAAGCUGCAUCUUAGUGAGGAUGUUGCAGGAGCCACUUUCAUGGCAGCGGGAAGCUCUACUCCAGAAUUAUUUGCCUCUGUUAUAGGUGUCUUUAUCACUCAUGGUGAUGUUGGUGUUGGAACAAUUGUUGGUUCCGCUGUUUUCAAUAUUCUGUGUAUAAUUGGUGUGUGCGGGGUUUUUGCUGGGCAGGUUGUGCGCCUUACGUGGUGGUCUCUGUUCAGAGAUUCAAUGUAUUACAUAUUUUCCAUAUUAGCACUAAUUACUUUCAUAUAUGAUGAAAUUAUAGUCUGGUGGGAAAGUCUCAUACUUAUCAUUAUGUAUUUGAUUUACAUACUAAUAAUGAAGUACAAUACGAAGAUGCAGCGUCUGUUCACCAUAAAAAAAAAGAACCUUGGCAAUGGGUGCACAGUUAGCAAUGAGCUGCAGGAUGGUAAUGUGUAUAGUGACUGUGUCUGUGAUGAUCCCUCCGUGCCCUUGUUGUGGAAAGUAAAGACACAGCAGCCGUACCCUCACAGAAGCUCAGUGGUGAUGGUAGAUGAGAUUAUUUGUUCCAGUCCUCCCAAGUACCGGUUCCCAGAAGCUGGCUUGCGCAUUAUGAUAACAAAUAAGUUUCCACCAAGGACCAGGCUACGGAUGGCGAGCAGGCUUAUAAUAAAUGAGAGGCAACGACUCCUCCAAUCUGCCAAUGGGUUGAGUAUGACAACCCUGGAUGGGAAGCAGCAGUUGAUUGAGAAUGGGACUUUGCAUGUGGAUAAAGACGAUUUCCAAGAAGAGAAUGAGUCAAACUACUUGGCACCUUUUACAUUUCCAAGUGGCUGUGUGAACCGGUUCAAGUGGAUGUUUUCCUGGCCAUUAAUUUGUUUACUGUAUUUCACCAUCCCCAACUGUAGCAAACCACGCUGGGAGAAUUUCUUUAUGUUGACAUUUAUAUUAUCCACUCUGUGGAUCGCCAUCUUUUCUUACGUCAUGGUUUGGAUGGUCACUGUUAUUGGAUACACUCUCGGAAUACCAGAUGUCAUCAUGGGCAUUACGUUCCUGGCUGCUGGAACCAGUGUUCCAGACUGUAUGGCCAGUUUAAUAGUAGCCAGACAAGGCCUGGGGGAUAUGGCUGUGUCGAAUACCAUUGGCAGUAACGUGUUUGACAUCCUUGUAGGCCUUGGCGUACCGUGGGGACUACAGACAAUGGUUAUUAACUACGGAUCCAUUGUGAAGAUAAACAGUAAAGGGCUGGUAUAUUCAGUCAUCCUAUUGCUAGGAUCUGUGGCUCUCACUGUUCUAGGAAUCCAUUUAAAUAAUUGGAAACUUGAUCGAAAGUUUGGCUUCUACGUGCUAAUUCUUUACGCCAUCUUCCUGUGUUUUUCUAUCCUGAUUGAGUACAACGUCUUUACUUUUGUCAAUUUGCCAAUGUGCCGAAAUGACUUUUAAUGCCAGCAGAUGCACAGACCAAAACCUUAAGAAAGAUUUUUCUUAAAAAGGAGGAGGAGUUCUGCCGUCUUUCCUCUCUUUUCAUGGAAGACCCGAAACCUCAGUAAAAAUUAUGAGUGCUCUGCUUCAUUAAGAAUGUAAAGGAGAAAUAUUCUCUUGAGUGCUGCAUGUGUUAGCACCUUAUUGUUUGCAGCUAUGGAGUACCAUUCAAAUUAGUCUUCCGAAGGUCUGGAAAUUCAGUUUACUAUGUUCUCAUUUUUUUUCUAAAGAUGGAAAUAUCAUGUCAGACAAAAUUUAUAGAGACUGUUGACAAAGCAUUUUAAUAUAUCUUUGGAAAAUAUUUUUUUCCGAUAAACAGGAAUUGCACGCCACAAUUAAGAGUCCCACUGUGUUCUGCUACCCAUAAAACUUCAUAUGAAACAAGAAUAUGAAAUGUUAAGUCCAGUUAAAGCGUUACUGUUUUGUUUUUCUUCUUCUUGGGCUUACUUAAAAGAAAUAUUACUGGGUAAAUCUGCGCAUCUCUGGAAAGAACGGAUGACGCCAGUGGAUUUAUUUAGGGACACUAUACAAGUCUGGGUUCUUUUGGGCCUCAGAAAUUUUGAUACUUAGAUAAAUAUAUCUAAAAUGUAUGCUUAACAAAUCAAUAACUGAAAGGUUUCUACUGUUAUUUUUCAGAGAAACUUACAUUAAAAACUGUUGAAAAUAUUACGUUUUAUCAAAUAUUAGGGUCCAUUUUUAUGAAACUUGAAAAACGUAAACAUAUUUUGGGAGCUUAUCGAUGUAUAUUAUACAAAGGAUUCUAAUAUUUAAUACAGAAAUGUUCUAUAAAUGAGAAUAUAUACAUAUAUAUAUAUAUAUUUAAAAUGAAUAUAUUGUACGAGAAGGAAUGUUUAUUAUUUAUUUGCACAAUGUCACAUUUUUAUGCAUUGAAGAAUAUUUCAUGCUGAGUAAUAAUUCAGCAUUGUAAUUUGAGGUUUGCUACUGACAUUUCUAUAUCUCUAAAGCAAUAGAGGCACUUUGGUGGUCAUAAAGAUAACCAGAUGCCAAAUGUUUUAAUUUGUUUGCUCCGUUUGAGCUUGGCAUACAGUAUGUACCUACCAGUAUACUGGGCUUUGCAUCAAACAUCUGAAACUUGUUGUGCGUAGGAAACUAGACUUUAAGAAAGCAGCCCAGUAAAUGUUUAUCGACUUGCACUGGUUUAUCCUAUCCUAUUUGUGACACUGCUUACAAUGCACAAGUGUAUGUACAUUACUUUAUCUGCGUCUUAGGACUUUUGACACCAACUGUGUGCAUUUAUUUGCUUUUUCUGUAAGUUCACAACUUGAUAUAUCACUGUCUUGCUGUAGAUACAGGCCAGAUAACCAGAACUCUUACCUUGGCAGAUUACUCUUUAAUACUGUGGAGGACACCAACUAUCCUGAUGGUUUCACAUGGAACAAGACUAUUUUUUAGAGCAAGUUAGGAUUUCCAAUUGUUACAUCCAAGCAUGAUCUCCGUUACCCCCAAAACAACUACUCUUGUUAAUCAAUAAGUAUGGAGAAAGGCUUGGACCUAAAUAGAGGAGAGAGGAAGAGUAGAACUCGGUUCCCAAUUUUAUAUUGUCCUGCAUAAUGUGGGACAGAUGGAGGGUACCUGGUUUAAGGACUACAUAUAUGGCCCUUGGUGGGGAAUUAUUGUCUUUGACUUGUUUGGAGUAUUACACUGUAAAAAAAAGAAUUAUGUUUAAUUAUAUGAACAAGAAUUUAUUUACAAAGUAUUUUAAUAAUGUCCUAAUAUAAAUUACUAUGUAGCUUUUUAUUGAUUA